AUGAACACAAGUGUUAAACUUAGUAAUGAUGGGUCAGGCAAGAAUGUUGAGCAAUCUUUGUAUAGGAGCAUAAUUGGGAGUUUACUGUAUCUUACUGCUAGUAGACCAGACAUUGCUUUUAGUGUUGGGUACUCUAGAGACUCUAAUACUGAGCUUGUAAGCUAUUCAGAUGCUGAUUGGGCAGGUAAUGCAGAUGAUAGGAAAAGCACUUCUGGUGGGUAUUUCUAUGUCGGCACAAACCUUGUUGCCUGGAUGAGCAAGAAGCAAAACUCCAGGUAG